AUGGAACUCGACCUCACUACGUUCUUCUUUGCCCUCUUCCUCGGCCUGUUUGUGGCGGCUUUGGAGAAGGUGAUACAGCAGACUUAUAGUAUCUGGAAAAGGUCCCACAGACUCAUGAAUCCGUACCUUUACAUGAUCUGGAUAGAGGCUGUAGUUAAUCUGACAUUCUCCAUCAUAACAUUUCUAUACCUCUCUGAAAUUAUCCCAAACAGCCUUGCGUUCUUCAUCGGUACUGUGGCAUUAUGGGCUAUUCAGACCCAGCUUCUCUCGCAAAUCAUCGCCAACCGUGUCGCCCUGAUCAUGACCAGCCGGCGCAAAUCCCAACAGUUCAAAUGGGCGCUUGCCAUCCCUAUCACCCUUGUCAACAUUUCUGUCUUCUGCAUCUGGAUCCCCGCCCACAUGCCAGGAGCUAGCCAAACCAUCAUCACCCUCAACAACGUGUGGGAACGGGUCGAGAAAAGCUUCUUUCUUAUCCUUGAUUUAGGCCUCAACAUAUUCUUCCUGUACCUGGUACGGUCUCGACUCAUCAGUGGUGGGCUGACCAAGUACUGGCGCCUUUACAAUUUCAACAUCGGCAUUGUCGGUGUGUCCACGUGUAUGGAUAUUUUACUCCUUGGCUUUUUGAGCUUGUCGAACCCCUACAUCUACGUCCAAUUUGCUCCCGUCGCUUACAUCGUCAAACUGAAUAUCGAGCUCACCAUGGCGGUCCUGAUUUCGAAAGUCGUGCGCAGUAGCAGUAAUGAUCGCCAUGACGAUCCGUAUUCGAGCAGCAACAACAUCUCUCGCCGUCGUACACAUCGCACUAGUUUUACUGCCACCAACCAUCGUGACAGCUCCUUUCCUGGCGCGAUGAAGAUGAACACGCACGUUUCUGGACCAGCACUGAAUGAGCAUGACGAUCACGAGCAUCAAGGUCCUGGGAUUAUGAUGAAGACCGUGAUCACAACGGUGAGGACAGAUGAUGCUGAGGGGAGUACUGAGGAGUUGGUGGCGAACCAGAAGCGCCUUUCAGAAUGA